AACCAUGUGAGUGAGUGGGCGUGCACUACCUACCGUUGGAGCUCACUGUUGAUGAACUUUGACUGCAGCCUGUGUUGCGUGUAUGCAUAUAGCUGUAAGCUGUGCCAAUUAAAAGGUUGUGCCAAUCGACGACAACAGUCUCGUGGACGAAUAACAGGUACAUUUACUUAGGAAACAAUGCCUGGACGAUUUGAAGGAAAGGUUGUUUUUCUAUCUGCCGCGGCACAAGGAAUAGGCCGUGCCACGGCCUUGGCCUUUGCUGAUGAAGGUGCUACUGUUAUUGCGACCGACAUCAACGGGGAAAAACUGAGCGAACUAUCGGGGAUGAAAGGUAUUCAGACACAGGUGCUGGACGUCACAGAUUCUGCGGCCGUGGACAGUUUCAUGGAGACGCUAGACAAAGUGGACGUGCUUUUUAACUGCGCGGGAUUCGUACAUCAUGGCACUAUCCUGGACGUGGAAGAGAAGGACUGGGAUUUCAGCUUUAACCUUAAUGUAAAGAGUAUGUACAGAACCUGUCGACGUGUGAUCCCAAAGAUGAUAAAAAAUGGAGGAGGCGCCAUCAUCAAUAUGUCGUCAGUGGCAUCCAGUAUCCACGGACCUCCAAACCGGUUCGUGUACAGUGCUUCCAAGGCGGCAGUGAUUGGGCUGAGUAAAACAAUAGCGAGGGAUUUCAUAGGCAACGGUAUUCGUUGUAUCCCCAUAUGCCCCGGAACCGUAGACACACCCUCUCUUCACGGGCGGAUAGAGGCACAGCCUGAUCCAGAGGAGGCCCGAAAGGUCUUCAUGGCAAGGCAGCCCAUGGGGAGGUUGGCCACUGCUCAGGAGAUCGCCAGCCUGAUACUUUUCUUAGCGUCGAGUGAUGCGUCCUACAUCACCGGUAAAGAGUACAUCAUUGAUGGUGGAUGGACCCUAUAAGCUAUCUCCCCAAACAAGGAAGCUUGCUGUCACGGAAACUAGCCAAUGGUUUCUCAAAGAGAGUAGUAUCAACAUUUAUAGAGAAUUAUUAUUCAAGAUUUAUUUUGAUUAAAUACAGGUUGUAAUAGGUGUUAACCGUAGAGGUACAAAUGUAUCUUUAAUUUGUUUGUUGUGCGAGUCGAACUGGCUAUAUAUUUGUAUAUAAGCCUGAAAUAUGUCCAUGAUCGUCAGAAAUCUAAUACACAUAGCACAACUCUAAAGCGUGUAUACAUACCUUCAGUAAAAGUGUAGUAAAUUACUGUUUUACCCCUUCAGUCCUUCAGUGUGGCCCACUAGUCACUCGUCUAGUGUGUUGUUAUUUUGAUGUCCUUUUGAUGUCCUUCGGUGUGGCCCACUAGUCACUCGUCUAGUGUGUUGUUACUUUGAUGUCCUUUUGAUGUCCUUCAGUGUGGCCCACUAGUCACUCGUCUAGUGUGUUGUUAUUUUGAUGUCCUUUUGAUGUCCUUCGGUGUGGCCCACUAGUCACUCGUCUAGUGUGUUGUUACUUUGAUGUCCUUUUGAUGUCCUUCAGUGUGACCCACUAGUCACUCGUCUAGUGUGUUGUUAUUUUGAUGUCCUUCAGUGUGGCCCACUAGUCACUCGUCUAGUGUGUUGUUAUUUUGAUGUCCUUCAGUGUGACCCACUAGUCACUCGUCUAGUAUGUUGUUAUUUUGAUGUCCUUCAGUGUGGCCCACUAGUCACUCGUCUAGUGUGUUGUUAUUUUGAUGUCCUUUUGAU